AUGAAAAUUUCUUCCAUUGAAGCUUCUUUUAAUCCACAUGGCCUUAGAGCUCUUCUUGUGGAUCAUAAUCCUACCUCCCUCUUAAUUCUUUCCAAAAUGCUUCAGUUUUACCAUUAUCAUGUUACACAAUGUCGACGGCCUAGAGAAGCCUUAUCGUUGAUUAGAAACGGCCUAAGCAAGUUCGAUAUUGUGAUAAGCAGUGUAGACUUCUCAUCGGAUAUGAACGGAGUGCAGUUUCUUGAGAUUAUUGAUCGCGAAACCAGUUUACCUGUCGUUAUUGUAUCCGCAGACGACAGAAAGGAAACGAUUAUCGAGUAUGUAAAGAAAGGAGCGUGUGCUUAUUUACCAAAACCGGUGAGGAUGGAGGAUAUUCAGUUGCUAUGGCAACACGUUGCUCGUAAAGAAGUACUCCGGUUUAGACAAAUGAAACAGAUUGAUAAUACUGUGGAAAACGGCGAGACAGAUUCCAAUAAUUGUGGUGAAGAGAAAGAGUUCUGCGGAAGCUCCGAUGGUGGUCCGGUUCUGGUGGAUCGCCGGAGAAAAGAUAGAGAUGAAGAGCAGGAUAAGGUCGAACGUAAGAAACAGCGGUUGGUUUGGACGGAUGAGCUUCAUCAACAAUUCCUCGAUGCUGUGGAACAACUCGGAAACAAUAAUGCUGUCCCUAAGAAGGUAUUGGAACUAAUGAACGUUCCUGGGCUCACGAGGGAAAACGUUGCGAGCCAUCUACAGAAAUAUAGGUUAAAUCUCAAAAAGCAAAGUGGGUAUGUGCAAGAAAGUAUCCCGGUGCCAAAUUCUGUCUCCGGCGUUUCAGUGAUCAGACACAACGAGUUGUUUCAAACAACUCCAUCGACCACUGAACUACAAUCCCCACUUAUGCUCGAUCACUACUAUAUGGAUCUUGGAAGCAACUCGAUUCUUAUACCGAACGAUAGGUUUCAUGAGCCUAAUCAUUGUUAA